CACAUUGACGGGAUUGUGAGAGGAUGACGACUUAUUCAUGCACUCUGAACAGCAAACCGACGAUGCCCUUUGUACGAGAGCAGAACCUUUCAAGACAAUGAGCAGAUUGGGGCAUACUUUUUUACCGUGCCGCUCCGGACAACGAGUCGGCAGCGCACAUCGUGCUCAGUGCUACGAUUUCUUUUACUUGGCCACUCCGGACAACGAGUCGACAAUGCACCUCAUAUCCAUGGAUGUAGAUUCUUUCACCUUGCCUUACUCGGAGCAGCGAGUUGGCGUUGCAUUUCGAGACAAAUGGCGUCGCUUGCCUUACUUCACCGUGCUCGGGACAGCGAGUUGGCGGUGCAGUCCAGACAGCAAGGAGGACGGUGUCCCUCCGUGGAGAAUUAUGGUUCUACUUCCACUUCACCUCGAGUUCCUCUCGGCUCGAGAAGUGGGGGACUCAUGAUGGAUACCCCGGACAGGGGGUAUCCGGUCUUUGUGUAAUAUCAGUCGGGGCAGUCCAGUUUGUGCGAUAGGCCCGUUUGUUGUUUGUUAAUUACUUAUUUAGGGCGGCCCAGCCUGUUGGGCCGACCCAUUUGUCUUUGUAUGUAAACCCUAGCCCUCACUCUCCCAUUAUUUAUACCCCUCUUCUAGGAAGAGGGAGAGGGGAGGAGCUCAUUCCACACGCUCCGGACUUACGUUCUAAGUAUUAUCCUC